UGUGGGGAGCUCUUCAUUUUUUACGAAAAAAUGAGCGGCACUACAUCGAAAAAUGGCACCAACAGUGCAGUGAGCAGCAUGUUGUAUGGCUCGACCUUUUCAGCCGAAAGUAUUAAAGUAAUGGCUGAAAGUAUUGGAGUUGGAUCGCUAUCUGACGAUGCAGCCAAAGAGCUUGCCGAGGAUGUGUCGUGCAAAAUUAAGAAGAUGGUGCAAGAUGGAUGGAAGUGUAUGCUCCAUGCAAAGCGUCAGAAGCUGUCGGUUAAGGACAUAGAUACGUCACUAAAAGUGCGCAAUGUAGAACCACAGUAUGGGUUUGUAGCCAAGGACUUUAUACCCUUCCGCUUUGCGUCCGGCGGUGGUCGUGAAUUGCACUUUACGGAAGACAAGGAAGUUGAUUUGAGUGAAAUAACGGCGAACAGCUCUGUAAAAAUUCCUCUCGAUUUGACUCUGCGAACACACUGGUUUGUAGUAGAAGGCAUACAGCCCACAGUGCCAGAAAAUCCUCCGCCGCUAUCAAAGGAUUCGCAAUUUCUUGAUUCUGUUAACCCUGUCAUUAAACUCGACCAGGGCCUAAGCAAAGAUGCUGCCGGCAAGCCAACCACUGGAAAAAUACACAAACUUAAAAAUGUAGAGACUAUUCACGUAAAGCAACUUGCCACCCAUGAGUUGUCCGUAGAGCAACAGCUGUAUUAUAAGGAGAUUACUGAGGCAUGUGUCGGCUCGGAUGAGCCACGCCGUGGUGAAGCCUUGCAGUCACUGGGGUCCGAUCCUGGACUGCAUGAGAUGCUUCCACGCAUGUGCACAUUUGUUGCUGAAGGCGUCAAGGUGAAUGUUGUGCAGAACAACUUGGCUCUCUUGAUCUACCUUAUGCGAAUGGUUCGCGCGUUGCUGGAUAAUCCUUCGCUCUAUUUAGAGAAAUACCUUCACGAGUUGAUACCCUCGGUCAUGACCUGCAUUGUUUCUAAACAAUUGUGCAUGCGUCCGGAACUGGAUAACCACUGGGCCCUCCGAGACUUUGCCUCUCGACUCAUGGCACAGAUCUGCAAGACAUUCAACACAUUGACAAACAAUUUGCAAACACGUGUAACUCGAAUUUUCAGCAAGGCACUGCAGAACGAUAAGACCCAUUUGUCCUCUCUCUAUGGCUCUAUCGCAGGUCUCUCUGAACUUGGCGGCGAGGUUAUUAAGGUUUUUAUUGUACCACGUCUAAAGUUCAUAUCAGAACGCAUCGAACCUCAUCUGCUUGGCACCUCAAUGAGCAAUACGGACAAAACAGCCGCCGGCCACAUACGUGCCAUGCUUCAAAAAUGCUGCCCCCCUAUUCUUAAGCAAAUGCGAAACGCUCCAGAUAUUGCUGAAGAGUAUAAGAAUGACUUUGGCUUCUUAGGUCCGUCACUCUGCCAGGCAGUAAUAAAGGUGCGCAAUGCUCCAGCCACAUCAAUUGUCACAGUCUCCUCAAACACAAUCAACACGGCGCCGAUUACUAGUGCCGCUCAAACAGCCACAACAAUUGGGCGCGUAGCUAUUCCUUGCUCACAACGACAAGGAAGCCCAGUUGUUACAGCUCUGCCUCAAAUACGCGCCAUUCAAACAUCCCAACCAGCCCAGAAAUUUGUUAUUGUCACCCAGAACUCGCCGCAGCAAACACAACCAAAGGUGGUGCAUCGAGGCUCGUCGCCCCAAACUGUUGUCCUCUCUUCGGCCAAUAGCACUACGGCAUCAAAUUCGAACUCUUCUGGCAGCAGUGGGGCAGCAGCAAGCAGCAGUCUAUUGGUUGGGCGGAACAACGACAAUAGUACACUGGAUCCUCAUUCUUUAAUAAUUGAAACGGAAAUAGUACGUGCUCCACCUGAGAUGGAUGAUCUGUCGCAUUUAGAAUAGACAAAAUAAUUAAACGUGUUGUGCUUUAAUUAAACGACUUUUACAUUUAAUAAAUAAAUUCUU